AUUUUGGCUCCAGCCGCUCAAGAAGCGCUUCCUCAAAACUGAGACUCAGACUUGGCACCUUCGAAGGUCAUGGCCACCACAGCACCGCUGUUGCAGAAUGACACGUUGCCGCAAGCCUCUGCUGGCGCGGCUAUUGCACUUGAGCUGGGCAUCCUUCAUGAGGGUUUCAGCCCAGAUAGCCGGAUCUCCAAAGGGGACCAACGGGUGAGUAUGGCACCAGAUGUGGCGGAGCAGCUCAUCAAGGAUGGCUAUGGAGUAAUCGUGGAGAAGGGAGCCGGCGUCUAUUCAGGAUUUUCGGACCAGGCUUUUGUGCAGAAGGGAUGCCGAAUUGCUGACAGAGCAGAAGUCAUCCGCAAGAGCAGUGUGCUAUUCUCGAUCGAACCGCCAGAGGCAGACUUCCCAGCCUGCAAGGGCAAGGUGGUCGUUUCCUGGGUGGGCCGCCUGCUGGAUAAGGGCAAGGCUGUGUGUGAGAAGGCCAAGGCUGCUGGAGUAAUGCUCGUAGACGUGACUGCAGUGCCUCGCAUCACUAUCGCGCAAAAGUUGGAUGUGCUCAGUUCGCAGGCAAAGUGUGCAGGUCAUCGCGCAGUAAUCGAAGCUUCCUAUGCAUUCGGGCGUUUCCACACAGCUGAAAUGACAGCAGCAGGCAAGUACCCGCCAUCCCAGACCUUCAUCUUGGGCUGUGGUGUAGCAGGGCUCGCAGCCAUUGGAACUUCCAAGGCAAUGGGCUCUGUUGUGCGUGCGUGGGAUGUGCGUGAUGUCUCGGACCAAGUGCACUCAAUGGGUGCUAAAUGGGUGACGGUGGACUUCAAGGAAAGUGGCGAAGGCCAAGGAGGCUACGCCAAGGAAAGUUCGGAUGCUUUCAAGAAAGUGCAGCAAGAGACCUUCAGGAAGGUUCUUGCAGAGUGUGACAUUGCAAUCAGCACAGCUGCCAUUCCUGGCCGUCCUUCUCCGCUGCUGAUCACAAAAGAAGCAGUCGCAGGUAUGAAACCCGGCAGUGUCAUUGUGGAUCUCGCAGCUCAGGGUGGUGGCAAUUGUGAGCUAACGAAGCUGAAUGAAAUCGUUACAACAGCCAACGGUGUUACCAUCAUUGGCUAUGCAGAUAUGCCAGCUCGUAUGGCAAGCCAAGCCAGUACAAUGUAUGCCCAGAACAUGUGCAACCUCCUUCGCCACAUUCACGGCAAGGGCAAAGCGGCUGACUUCAUGAAGAACUUCCUGGGAGCUCUGGAUGCAGGUGAAGAGGGCGACAUUGUGUCGCGCAGCAUUGUUUGCUCCAGGGAUGGAAAGCUGGUCCCAAUGCCACCACCACCACAGCCAACGCCAGUGAAACCAAAAGCCGCUGCCCCUACUGCUGAGAAAAAGGUGGUCAAAGAGGACCCGAUGAAGGCUGCGUUGGUCGGUGCUCUUGUGCUGACCUUCGGAGUCUGCUGCAUGCUGGCGAUGGGCGAAGGAGUCAAGACCUCUUUGCUCACGACCUUCUUGUUGGCUGGUGCUGCAGGCUACCAGGCAGUUUGGGGUGUUGCACACGCUUUGCACACACCAUUGAUGUCGGUGACGAAUGCCAUUUCUGGCUGCACAGCAAUUGGUGGCUUGCUCUUGAUGGAAAAGACAGACUCGUACGCAGCCUACCAAUUGGCAGCCCUGGCUUUGCUUGUUUCUUCGGUCAACAUUUUUGGCGGCUUUGUGGUGUCCCAGCGUAUGUUGGAUUUGUUCAAGAAGCCCGGUGACAAGGAUUUCACAGGAAUGAUGUUGUUCCCCGGACUCGUGUUCCUCUUUGUCUCUCUGACGCGACCAGAGCUACUGAAGGCAGUCAGCACAGUAUCGGCCCUGCUUUGCGUAGCUGCAAUCGGUGGUUUGGCAACUAUGUCUACUGCCAACGCUGGAUGCAAAUUUGGUAUGGUUGGCGUUUUUGGAGCCAUGGCCGCGACAAUGGUUGGUCUAUCUGAGGCUAACCUUGUCUUCAGUGCCGUGCUCCUCGUGAUCGGUGGUGUUGGAGGUGUGGUCAUGGGUUUCAAGGUGAGUCCUAUUGCUUUGCCGCAAACAGUGGCCGCUUUCCACUCUUUGGUGGGUUUGGCCGCUACUUGCACAUCCAUCGGAUCUUUCGUGAGCAGCCCUUUUCCAGGUGCCACGAUGGAGAACACUUCUUGCAUUCUGGGAGAUUUCAUUGGAGGCAUUACAUUGACUGGCAGCUUGAUUGCCUUUGGCAAGCUGAAUGGAAAUCUCAGUUCCAAGGAGCUGUCCUUGCCCGGGAAGAACUUCCUGAACUUGGGAGGUCUUGGGCUCUUCAUUCUUAGCAUGUACUUAUUUCUCCAAGAAGGUUGUGAGCAUGGCACCCUCAUUCUUUGGUUUGUGGCAGCUUUGGCUUGCCUCAUGGGCCUGCAUUUGGUGGCCAGUGUUGGUGGCGGUGACAUGCCAGUGUGCAUCACAGUCUUGAAUUCUUAUUCUGGCUGGGCUUUGGUCGCAGAGGGCUUUCUGCUGAAGAGCAAUGUGCUUACCAUUGUGGGUUCGUUGAUUGGUUUCAGCGGAGCAAUCCUUACAAAGAUCAUGUGCGAUGCCAUGAACAGAGACAUUUUCAAUGUUCUUUUUGGUGGUAUGAACAACGCGGCAGUCGUGAAGGGUGCGGACACUGGCCCCAAGGAGCAUGUUGAAUGCAAUGUGGACACUUGCGCGGAAAUGUUGGUGAAUGCAAAAGAAGUCUUGGUGGUGCCUGGCUAUGGUAUGGCAAUGGCACGUGCACAAACUCCAAUGGGCGAGCUUGCCUCUAUGCUCCGGAAAAACAACAUCAUUCUCAAGUUUGGUGUCCAUCCUGUUGCUGGCCGCAUGCCUGGUCAGAUGAACGUAUUGUUGGCAGAGGCAGGUGUUCCACACGAAUGGGUUCUGGAGAUGGAUGAGGUCAACCCAGAUAUGGAAAACUUUGAUGUGGUCUUGGUUAUGGGAGCCAACGAUGUGGUGAACUCUGCUGCCCAGGAGCUGGAAGGAUGUGCCAUUUGGGGAAUGCCUGUAAUUGAGGUUUGGCGAUCUAAGAAGGUGGUCUUCUGCAAGCGAUCCAUGGGUGGAGGCUAUGCAGACUUGGACAACCCCGUCUUCUACAAGAGCAACACAGAGAUGCUUUUGGGAGAUGGCAAGAAGACCGCAGAUGCUUUGGUCCAGAAGGUCCGGGAACGCUUGGAAAAGGUUUGAGAGCAUUUUGGCUUGAUGGGCGUACUUGCAGGACACAUUGAGAGCUAGAACGGGCCGGACUCAGUCCAUCAGUCCAUCAGCCAAAAAAGUGCCGCAAAGUCUGGAUUUCAUGAUCGGCCUCACUUUAUCGUUUGUGCAUCAAGUAGCGCCUAUUUUGUAGCAGAGCCCUUAGUUGUUUUCAUUCGGCCAUUGGGGCCAAGUUAUCACUGUGUUGGUAGGAUAGUGCCACCGUUUGUAUGACUGGCAUGGCUGAUGUCAAGACGUGGUCAAGACAUUGUGCAAGGCCCAAAGCUGUCGCAAUCUACAAUUUUGCAUUUCGGCAUCCGACUCAAAGGUUGGAACUCACUGAAGUCGGAACACCUUGGAUCUCUCGAAAUUCUCGUGAACCCC